ACUCAAAAUUAGAUUUAUUGAUGUGCCCAAUAUCAUUUUCUCUCUCUUUUUGCUUCCUGUUUUAUUUUUAUUCAGCAACUUUAAAGCUGCAGGCCUGAACAUGAUUUUAUAUAUCUAAGCCUGGAGGGCUUUGCGCCCAUCAAACAAAACUAACUGUAUAUCUAGGCCUCAAAAAGACUGUUAGAAUCAUAUUGAUGCAUGCACCAAAAUGAUGUUACAUUAGAAUUUUGAUGGCUGUUGCUAAGAAGAGCUAGAAAAGAAUACGGAGGCCAUGCUAAAGCUGAUUCAGGAAGAUGCAGAUUCCUUUGCCCAACGUGCAGAGAUGUAUUACAAGAAGAGACCACAGCUAAUCAGCAUGGUUGAAGAAUUCUAUCGAGCUCACAGGUCAUUAGCUGAGAGAUAUGAUCUAGUUAAGUCUGAUUCAGGAACGCGCCUCCUGACAACAUUAGGGUCUCCAUUUUCAACCAAAUGCCAUUCGGAGAAGUCGAUGAGUGUGGUGGAUGAAACCUACGACAGCCUCUCCGAAACCUGUGAACCUGAGGAGUACACUGAGUCUGAAGUUGAUGAUCCCGACCUAGAGGAUGAAACCCCAGUUGAUAAAGUAACAGAAGAGAAGGUUUCAUGUGGGGUUAGUGAUGAUGAAGUGAGAAAGUUAAGGGAAGAAAUAGAGAGGCUUCAGGAAGAGAGUAGAAUUCAAAAGGAUCAACUAAAGCAGAAAGAUGAUGAGAAGAGAGAGGUAAUAAGACAGUUGAGUAUGGCUGUGGAUGUUUACAAACAGGAGAAUGUGAAGCUGAAGAAGUAUCUUGCCCGAGAAUCAGCAGAUAAUUCGAGUCCCUUCUUUGAGUUUAACAAAUUAAGGGGUACAUUUCUAGGGAAGUUGUUUAACAGGUCCCCACAAUCUCAUGCUCCCAUUGUUGCACUCUAGGUGUCUGUUAACAUGUUUGCAAUUAGUAUUAGUUAUAGGACACAGUUUAUAUAGAUGUCUAUAUCGGGGAAUUUCCCCUGUAAUUUAUAUUAGGAUUCUAGUAUUUCCUUUGAAGACUGCUUCUUAGACUUCCUAUGUUGUUCGUGUGUUAUUCUGCAUUGAUUGUAACUCAAUUACGUUGUUAUAAAUAUAGUAGCCCCAGUUUGUCUUUGUUA